AUGGUCAGCAACAAGUCACUGCGCUUCCCCCAAAGUGCUGAGGAAACUACGCCACCAACGCUGAUCCACAAUAAUAAUCCCCAGCUGGAGAACAAACAGCAUCUGGGCGAGGAGAGGAAGGAGCGGGAGGAGUCUCAGCAGGGUGGGCGGCAGAUGGUUACACUGCAGCAGCACUUCUCCAGCAUGGAGGAGACGGUGCGAACGCUAUUACAGAACCAGGACUCACUGGAGGGGCCCAAAGUGGACCCCCUGGACCUCAUGAAAGCAUACAAGGACAAACUGCUGGAGGAGAUGUGGAAGCAGCAGGACAGUCUGGAGGGUCCCACAGCCACAGCAGCAGAGAUGGCUGCCUCGCCCGAGGCCGGCGGAGGGUCGGAGGAAGAUUCAAAGGACAGCAAUCCUCUGCUCGAGCGACUCCGAGCCCUGGAGGCGGAGAACUCUGCUCUGUCGAUGGAAAACGACAACCAGAGGAAGCAGUACGAGCGCUGUCUGGAUGAGGUGGCGAACCAGGUGGUCCAGGCCCUCCUCACACAGAAGGACCUGAAGGAGGAGUGUGUGAAGCUGCGGACACGUGUGUUUGACUUGGAGCAGCAGAACCGCAUACUGAGUGUGCUGUUUCAACAACGGGUCAAGAUGUCCACGAAUCCCGUCUCCCAAAUAUCACAGGGCUAA